CGGGGGCCCAGUGCUGGGAGGAGAGGCGUUGGUGUUUAAAGAAGGCUUUAGUUCGUAUCUGCCCUCGCCAUAAUUGUUCUGACGUCGUCCUCUUUCUUGAAUUCUAGGGUUUCGAAUCUGGGCGGUUUAAUCCUUGGUUGCCUUCCUUUUUUCUGCGCCUCGUUGCGAGAUUGUAGUUGUUUUCUGAUUGUGAUUGGCCUUCAUGUUCAUUUUUCCGUUUUCUAAAUGUGGUUUGGGGGAAAGAAGCUUCUGGAUGGGAUGAAUUUGGUGGGUUGUGGAGUAGAAUUUGGGUUAUGGGAGUUCGAAUUUCGGUGUUGGUUUUUGGGGAGGCUUUGAUCUGGUAGGAAAAUUGUUAGCUGUUUAGGAUGAAAGAUAAGGUUGGUUUAAAGUUGAAGAAGAUAAUGCAGUGUCUAUGUUCGGGUGAGCAGCUGAAAAUAGAUGACAUGGCCCAGUCGCCUGAAUCCCUCGCAACGAGGGAUUACUCCGUGAGUGGGUUCUCUUCGAGAACUGGGGAGGGUGAGCCACCAAAGCCAGACAGAGGCAACAUUGAGGAAGCUGAAUCAUCUCUUCGUGAAGGCCUUUGCUUGAACUAUGAGGAGGCCAGGGCAUUGUUGGGACGACUUGAAUAUCAAAGGGGAAAUAUAGAUGCUGCACUUCAUGUAUUUGAGGGGAUAGAUGUUGCUGCAGUGAUGCCCAAGAUCAAACUCUCAAUCGCAAGAAAAUUUGAACGUCGCAAACGCCGUUCUCACAAUGAUAUUGCUCCACCUAUGACAAUGCAUGCUGUCAGCUUGCUUUUGGAGGCCAUCUUCCUGAAAGCAAAGGCACUGCAGGAUCUGGGAAGGUUUAAGGAAGCUGCUCAAUCAUGUAAAGUUGUACUGGACACCAUCGAGUCAGCCUUGCCUGAAGGCUUGCCUGAAAGCUUUGGCGCUGACAUUAAAUUACAGGAAACGUUAAACAAGGCUGUUGAAAUGCUUCCUGAGUUAUGGAAGCAAGCCAGUUAUCUCCAUGAAGCAAUUGCAUCCUACAGGCGAGCCCUACUUGUGCACUGGAACCUUGACCCUGAAACCUGUGCAAGAAUUCAGAAAGAAUUUGCUGUUUUCCUUCUUUAUGGUGGUAACGAUGCAAGGCCACCUAACCUUCGUUCUCAAGCUGAGGGUUCGUUCAUACCUCGGAACAAUUUAGAGGAAGCAAUCUUACUGUUGCUCAUUCUACUGAGAAAAAUUGCUUUGAAGAGAAUUACAUGGGACCCAUCGAUUAUCCACCAUCUUACAUUUGCAUUGGCUGUUUCUGGAAGCCUAAGAUCGCUGGCCAGUCAUAUUGAGGAACUGCUUCCAGGGCUCUUAGACCGAUCUUCGCACUGUUUUGUUCUUGCCCUCUGUUACUUUGGUGAAGGUGAUGUUUUGGUUGCUUUGAACCUAUUGAAAAGAAUGCUGAAGAGCAGAGAAUCUUCAAAUUGUAUUCAAGCUUUAUUAGCUGCUUCAAGAAUUUGUGGUGAUAAGAGUGAUCAUGCAGACGAAGGGGUGCAAUUUGCACGAAAAGCACUGACUAACAUGAAUGGAGAGUGUGAGGCAUUGGCUGGUGUUGCAAAUUGCUUACUUGGAACUGCUCUUUCAACUCAGGCUAGGGUUGCUGUUUCUGAUGUUGAGAGAACCACAAAGCAGUGUGAGGCACUUGAGGCCCUAGAAGUAGCUAAUAGAUUGGCCCACGGGAAAGAUUCAAAUAUUAUUUUCUCUCUCUGCCUUGAAAAUGCUGAGCAACGGAAAUUGGAUGUAGCACUUAGCCAGGCAAAGCAGCUGUUGAAAAUGGAAGCAGGAUCUAAUGUCGAAAUUUGGCUGCUUUUAGCUAGAACAUUGUCAGCUCAGAAAAGAUUUUUUGAAUCUGAGACCAUCUUGAAUGCGGCAUUAGAUGAGACUGGGAAGUGGGACCAAGGCAGAUUAUUACGAACAAAAGCAAAGGUCCAGAUUGCUCAGGGUCAAUUCAGGAAUGCAAUUGAAACAUAUACCCAUCUUCUUGCUCUUCUUCAAGUUAGAAGCAAAAGCAUGGGGAUGGGGAAAAAGAUGUUUAAGGGUGUGGGUGAUGUUCGUUUGCUAGAGAUAGAAACAUGGCAUGAUUUAGCUCAUGUAUACACGAAGAUGUCACAGUGGAAAGAUGCUGAGGCUUGUCUAGCAAAGUCAUUAGCAAUUAAUGCCUUUUCUGCUUCGAGGUGGCAUGCAACAGGACUGCUUUAUGAGGCAAAGGGCCAGCUUGAGGAUGCACUGACAGCCUUCCUCAAUGCACUCGAGAUUGACCCCGGCCAUGUUCCCAGUUUGAUCUGUGCAGCAUCUGUUCUCAGGCAACAGGGGAGCCGGUCACUGGCAACUGCUCGAAGCUUUCUAUCAGAGGCACUCAGAUUGGACAGGACAAACCAUUUGGCAUGGUACAAUCUAGGUAUGCUUCACAAAUGUGAGGGUGGUUCAGCAUCAGAAGCCUCCGAUUGCUUUCAAGCUGCUGUGCUUCUUGAAGAGACCGCGCCAGUUGAGAACUUCGGAUGAUAGAUUAUGCCACAUUGUUGUAUAUACUCCAUUUGCUUGUAAAUUAUCAGAGGAUGUGUCCUGUGACUAGCAGGGGUUAGCAUCUCCAGAGGUGCAGGCAUGAGAACAAAUUCUGGUAUGCAGAUCAUUUUCGAAUUGCAGAGGCCUGCGGCAAGCAUCUUUCCAGCAGGAGAUUCAAUCCCAGCGUUGAGACGUUUUGCUAUCCUUCAUCACUAAUGAAAAUUAUACAUACAUAUAACACUGUAAUUCAGAAGCACAAUAAAGCGACCAUCUCUUCUUUUGUUC